UAUAAGCUUGUCAGCAUAAUAUUAUUGCAGCUAAGAGAGAAAGAGAACGAAGACAGUGAUGGCAAUGGAAACAAUGGGAGAGAGUCCACGAAGCCCAGAAGCCAAGUUGGGGAUGCGAGUGGGGGAUUUGUGGGAUAUUCAGGAAUCUCAGCUAAGUCCUACGGAGAAACUCAACGCUUGUUUUGAAAGCAUCCCUGUUUCUGCUUUUCCUUUGUCUCCUUCAAACCAAGAGGUUGAGAUAAAAUCAGACGCGACCCUUGCUGAAGCCGUUAAGAUUCUGGCACAACACAACGUUUUCAGCGCACCUGUGGUGGAUGUUGAUGCGUGUGAAGAUGCCAGUUGGAUGGACAGAUACAUCGGAAUUGUUGAGUUUGCUGGAAUUGUUGUGUGGAUUUUGCAUCAGUCUGAACCUACAUCUCCUAGGAGUCCAUCUACUCCAUCCAGUGCAAAGGCUAUUGCAGCUGCAGCUAAUGGAGCGAAUUUUGCAAUGGAACUUGAAGCCUUAGGCCUAGGAUCUGCUGCAACAACUUCAGGAAACUUUUUUGAGGAUCUCACUUCUUCUGAACUUUAUAAGAAUACCAAGGUUGGUGAUAUUUCAGGGACAUUCCGCUGGGCCCCAUUUCUUGCUUUAGAGAAAUCAAACUCAUUCCUAACUAUGCUCUUGCUGCUUUCUAAAUACAAGAUGAAGAGUGUGCCUGUGUUGGAUUUAGGCUCUGGUAGAAUUGAUAACAUCAUUACACAAUCUGCUGUGAUUCAUAUGCUGGCAGAAUGUGCUGGACUUCAUUGGUUUGAGAGUUGGGGAACAAAGAAACUAUCUGAAGUUGGUCUUCCCCUGGUGAAAGGAAAUCAUAUCAUCAAGGUUUAUGAGGAUGAACCUGUUCUUCAAGCAUUUAAAAUAAUGAGGAAAAAGAGGGUUGGAGGGGUGCCUGUAAUAGAAAGAGAUAGCCAAAGGACAGUUGGUAAUAUAAGCUUGCGAGAUGUUCAAUUCUUGCUAAAUGCACCAGAAAUAUAUCAUGAUUAUAGAGCUAUUACAGUAAAGGACUUUCUGACUGCCGUUAGAAGCCACUUGGAGGAGAAUACAAAAGCACACCCAAUGUUAACUGAAUUUGUUACAUGCAAAGAGGACUGUACAAUCAAAGAAUUGAUUCAACUGCUUGAUCAAGAGAAGAUUCACAGGGUCUAUGUGGUGGACGAUGAAGGAGAUUUGCAAGGACUAAUCACACUAAGAGAUAUCAUCUCAAGGCUAGUACAUGAACCACGUGGCUACUUUGGUGAUUUCUUUGAUGGUGUUCUACCGCUACCUGCAAACACGAGAGUUUAACAGGCAAGGACUCAAGGGAGAAUAACCUGCUGGUGCAGCAGUUUUUUUUUUUUUUCUUAAAUAAAUUUUUAAGUUGAGAGGGAAAAGAAUUACAAAUAAAUCUAUGUGCUUCUCUUCAGGGUUGAAGACGUGUACUUGGGUGUUUGUAUAACGUGUAGGCAGUUUGCAAAGUUACUUGCAUCCGUUUUAUGAAGUGUGAGUGAGAUUGUGUGUAUGUAAAUUCUGGUGUAAGUGUAAGUAACCAUAAAUUUUGAAAUGUAUUUUCCUUUCUCUUCUGAA